GGUCGAAGGGUCAGUUAAACAAGAUUCGGAUAAACGUCGUCGGGCUGCCAAACAGACCAUUAGCGUUAUCAUUCGUUGCCUUGGUGUAUGGUUUCUAUAUAAAGACCCCCAUAUCAACAGGAACGUUAUUAGUGCGUCUCUACAAAACUAAAGUAACGCUGCUUGCGAUAUUUUCGGGUAGUUUUCCCGCGUUCUAUCAUUACGUAUUGGGCAAUAUUUCUUCAGUUGUUUUUUCUUUACGUUUUGUAAAUUGAUAUAAAUGGUUCCGUUUCUCAGCGUCGAGAGAAUGAGCGUUUCAAAUAAAUUUCGUGUGAAUCCUAUUUACUAUUCCGACUAUUCCGAUACGAACUAAGUUUCGUCCCAUCGGGAGGAUAGAAAAGUUUUCGUUUUAUUUUAUUUUACCAUGGAUAUCGUUAGUAGUUAUCCCGUAGUGAAAGCCUUUUUAGCAGGUUCAUUUUCUGGAACAUUUUCCACAGUCCUGUUCCAGCCUCUUGAUCUAGUGAAGACCCGUCUUCAGAACACCCCGACCGCCAUAGUAAACGGACGCCAUGGGAGUGUUAGUAUGCUCGGCAUAUUUCACAAUAUACUUCAACAGGAGCACUUUCGCGGCCUGUGGAGGGGAAUGACACCUUCUAUCACACGCACUGUACCCGGGGUGGGACUGUAUUUUUGCACACUGGACUACAUAAAGACCAAUUAUUUCCAAGGUCGAACUCCAACUGCCUUAGAGUCAGUAACUACUGGCUUCCUAGCUCGGUGCAUGAGUGGAGCCAUUCUCAUACCAAUAACAGUAGUCAAAACUAGGUUUGAGAGUGGUGUAUACCAAUACGACGGUGUCAUCUCUGCGUUGAGGCAGAUUUAUCACACCGAAGGCCUGAAAGGAAUGACCUGUGGUCUGGUGCCAACUUUAGUGAGAGAUGCUCCAUUUUCUGGCCUCUACCUCAUGUUCUACACUCAAACCAAGCUCCUAGUUCCUGAUGAGAUACUCAAUUCUGCUUACUCGUCGCCAGCUCAUUUUUCCUGUGGAAUCGUAGCCGGUGUGAUGUCAUCCAUUGUUACCCAGCCGGCUGACGUAUUGAAAACCAAAAUGCAACUCUAUCCGCACAAGUUCUCCGGGUUGUGGUCCGUCACCAUUUACGUGCACAACAAUUAUGGUAUCAGGGGUUAUUUCAAAGGCAUGGUACCGAGAAUGCUGCGCCGCACCCUCAUGGCUGCGAUGGCAUGGACCGUGUAUGAACAGGCUUCUAAAGCCCUGGGGUUGAAGUAGCACAGCAGCACGGGGCGGGUAAUCGGGUUUGGAAGCUCUUACCUUACAAAUUUCAGUAAUCGCGUCUGCGUCCGCGAAAAUUUCGCUAUUCGAGUGUUUUAGGAAGGGAACCACAGUGUUCCGUUUUGGUCGGUAACGGUGCACGGUAUACCGUUAAGUGAUGGUUAGUUGCAAAUGGUUGCUACAAUUUUGCUGUGGUAUUGAUAUUUCAAAUCCGUGGAUUCGGUGUGGUAAACCGCUUUGCUAUGCUGCUUCAAAAUAUUUAAUGGUCUAUACAGAGAUUUACUUCGUUAAUAAGGCUAAUAUUAAGGGGUAAUCGGCAAACGAUAUUGUAUGGCGUCAUACAGUAUUCGGUUGUGAUAUAUUGUUAUAUAUAUAUAUAUAUAUAUAUA